UCCGCUUCCGUCUCACUGGAACCUCGAGCGUCAUUUCAAUUCAUGUGUGCAGAGCUUUCCCUGCAUGGCAUAAAUUCUCCGACUUGGUGAUGGAGAGGAAGACCCAUUAUGAUUCCAUCCUGGACCGAAGCCGACGCAUCACGUGGCAGGACGACUGCUACGUGGACCUGCAGUCUGCGUCCGGCUCGCCCUCCUCACACACCCACGACCUUGACUGGAUCCAAAAGCACCAGGAACAUCUGCAGCGCUUCAUGACGACCUCCUUCCUGGAGGGGAUACUCGCCCACCUGAGGCAGGUGGAUGUGCUGAGUUCAGCCGAGGAGACCAAGAUCAAGGAAGCGGCCCGGCUGCAGGACCAGGUCCACAUGCUCACCACUAUUGUCACUGGCAAGGACGCUCACAGUUGGGAUGCUCUGCGGGGCUUCAUCGAGAGCUCAGAGUGCCAGGCGGCCCGGCUCAUCAUCAGCCACGAUUCCUGGGUGAAGGAGCACAAAGAGGUGCUGUUACGGCGCUACGAGCAGUACCGAGACAGAGAUUCAGUCAGCUGCCCCAAACUGAGCAUCUCCUCCAGAACCUUACUUCUGGUGGAUGGACUAUCCGACAUCCAGCAGAAGGAACACGACUUGAUGCAGGUGGGGGCGACUCGAGGCAGGAAGAGAAAUCACCUCAGACCGCUGGGGCUGACCAAACUCUUGGAGCCCCUGACACGGGUCAGUUUACCCCCCCGGGUCUCCCUCACGGUCGGGGUGGCUGGUAUCGGGAAGACGACCUGGGUCCGACACUUCAUCAGACAGUGGAGCCGAGGGGCCGUCUGCACCGACGUGAGCUUCGUCCUGCCUUUCACUUUUUGCGAGCUGAACUCGUUGGAGAAAGUCUCCGCUGAGAAGCUGGUGACGAUGGCUUUCCCUCAUCUAACAGACCCGGGCGUGGUCCUGAGCAGCUCCUGCCGCACACUGCUGAUACUUGAUGGUCUGGACGAGUUCCGCCACACUUUGAAUUUCUCCGAUGCAGCUCCUUGCAGCGAUCCAAAGAAAGAAGUGUCCAUCGAUGACCUCGUUACCAACGUCCUCCGCGGUAAUCUGCUCCCUGACGUGGCAGUGUGGCUGACCUGCAGGCCGGGAGUGGCCUCGCUCAUCCCCGGAGGAUUGGUUGACAGGGUGACUGAGAUCCCAGGAUUCAGCCCGCAAGACAUCCAGCUCUUCCUCAACCACCACUUCUCUGAAAGGGACUUUGCCGGUCAGAUCUGGGCGCACUUGGAGUCCCAUAAGAUCCUCAUGGUGAUGUGCUACAUUCCGUGCAUUUGCUGGAUCGUAGCUGACACUCUGACGUUCAUCAUGCAGAGCGAAACGCAGGAGAGCCUUCCGAGAACUUGCACCGAGCUUUACGCUCACUUCUGUUCCAUGAAGGCAGAAGUGGGUGAACCCAGAGGCCGGGAGCCGGUGAAGACGGAGCCGCUCCAUGGGAGCAAUCGUAAACUGCUGGGGAACCUUGGGCGACUGGCGUUUUACGGGCUCCUCAAACACAAGUACACCUUCAGCGAGCAGGACCUCCGGGCCUCUGGCAUCGACCUCCUGCUGAGUCAGAGCAGUCUUGGUUCUGGGAUUCUCGUCCGGGAGGAGUUGGCCAUGAACACAACGUACCGCUUCACUCAUUUGUCUCUGCAGGAGUUUCUCGCUGCUACUUUUUACCACAUCUCCUCCAAGCGGGCCAUCUUUGACUUAUUCUCAGAAAGCACCAUGUCUUGGCCCAAGCUUGGUUUCCAGAACCACUUCAGAAGUGCCUUUCAGCGCUCGCAACAAGCCAACGACGGUCACUUGGAUGUGUUUGUGCGCUUUCUCGCGGGCCUGCUGUGCCCAGCGGCGCUGAAACCUCUCGCUGGGCUUCUGGCCCUCGGAAAAGAUGACGGAAGUCAGAAGGCGUGGGCGGCCGGCUUCUUGCAAGGCCUGCUGGUCGGCGGGGGUGCGGUGGUGUCCCUGCGUGAGGUCAACCUGGCUUAUUGUUUACAGGAGCUGCAACACACAGAGCUGCUGCGGAGCGUUGAGCAAGACUUACAGCUACGUAGCCUAGCGGGGAAGCUAACACGGGCUCACUGUGUCGUGCUGGGCUUCCUCCUGCAUGUGUCCCCACAGUGCAGCGAGCAGACCGACCUCAGCGGCUCUCUGAACUUCACGACGGUGAAGUGUUUGCUCCCACAGCUGCUGUACUGCAGCUGCCUCAGGCUGGAGAAUAAUCACUUCAAAGAUGAUGUCAUGGAGCUGCUGGGAAGCCUCCUGAGCGCCAAAGACUGCCACAUCCAGAAGAUGAGUUUGGCGGAGAACGCCAUCGGUAACAAAGGUGCCAAAGCCCUCAGUCGAGCCCUCUUGGUGAACCGGACCCUAACAUCUCUCAACCUCCGGAACAACAACAUCGGCUCUAAAGGUGCAAAGUUCCUGGCAGAGGCACUGAAAAUGAACCAAGUCCUGGUAUCAAUCAACUUCCAGAACAAUAACAUCGAGGCGGACGGGGCUCAGGCCCUGGCAGAGGUACUGCACUGCAACCGCAAACUGGUGUCUCUGAACAUACGGAACAAUACGAUCGGAGCGGGAGGAGCCAAAAGGAUUGCAGAGGCCCUGAAGACGAACCGGACUCUCACAAAGCUGAUUCUUUGCAGCAACCGGCUCGGGGACAGAGGGGCGGUCGCUCUGGCGGAGGCGUUGGCAGUCAACCACACUCUGCUCUCGCUCCAACUUCAGAGUAACUCAAUCAGCAACAGGGGGAUGUCGGCCCUCACCAGAGCACUCAGGCUGAACCGCGGCCUCAUCUCCUUAAACUUGAGAGAGAACUCCAUCGGGGUGGAGGGGGCCAAGAACAUGGCCCGAGCCCUCCAGGAGAACCACUCUCUGCAGGACCUCGAUCUCACAGCCAACCUGCUGCACGACGAAGGGGUUCAAGCUAUAGCCGGCGCAAUGGAGUUGAAUCACGGCCUCACCGCUCUGCAUCUGCAGUGGAAUUUCAUCCAAUGUUCUGCCACCAAAGCGCUGGCCCAGGCUCUGCUCUCCAACAACACCAUGCAGCUCUUGGAUCUACAGGAGAACGCUAUCGGGAAUGAAGGCGUCAUUUCUCUAGCCAAAGCCCUUCAAACCAACACAUCCCUGCACACAUUAUGUCUCCAGGGAGUGUCCCUGAGCUCCAGCGGCGCGCUGGCGAUAGCAGAGGCUCUGCUGACGAACCAGAGCCUGCAAACGUUGGAUCUCCGUGGGAACGCUGUGGGGAUGGAGGGCGCGAAGGCUCUGGCCAACGCACUGAAGAGCAACCGGAGCCUCAAGUCACUGAAUCUCCAGGAGAACUCUCUGGGGAUGGACGGAGCCAUCUUCAUCGCAACCGCCUUGAAGGGAAACCACCAAUUAACAUACAUCAAUCUGCAGGAAAACGGCCUCGGAGAAUCGGGGGCAAAGGUCAUAUCUGACGCGAUCCGAGCCGGCGCUCCAGGCUGUGAGGUGGACAUCUGACCAGGAGCACGGCUCGCCCUGAAGAGCGGCCGGUCAGGAGGGUGGUGGGUGUCAUUUAGUUCAAGCUGCAUGUCGGUGCUGAACAUCACUUUGUCACUGUUUCACGUAUUUUAAGAGACAUUCACAUAUUUAUUCUCGUAUUAUUACUAUAGAGGGAGCAGUCGCCAAAGGAGAUUUCAUUUCAUUUGUUUAUUUAUUUGAACACAUCAAUCUACCCAGGAGUAAAUGUGUGUGAUGAACAAGGACUUGAG